UUAGGAGCGGUUGUAAUCGACGGCAGCCAAACCGACACCGCAGAUAAUAAUGGUACCGACACUUCGUUUCGCAUUGUCGAGAGGGACGAAUGGGGUGCACAACCUGCUUCGAGACCAUUAAUAAAAAUGAAGCUGCCAGUAUCAUAUGUAAUUAUUGGUCGGUCACAAGGUACUCCGUCACAUUAUUGUACCACGCAAUCAGAGUGUGCAACCAAAGUGAGGGCUACUCAGGCUUGGUAUUUGGAAAAUAACUUUGAUGAUAUCGGCUACAGUUUCUUCGUCGGAGGCGACGGCCUUGCAUAUGUUGGCAGAAAUUGGGAUUACGUCGGUCGGCAUGCCUGCUGGUAUUAUAACGACAAAAGUAUUGGCAUUUCCUUCAUCGGUAAAUUCACUUCAGUUGUACCGUCGAAACUACAAAUACGUGCCGCGCAAAAGAUCAUAGAGCUCGGCGUCAAAGACGGAAAGAUCACACCUGACUAUAAACUGUUAGACCAACAAGUUUGGGAUGCUGGAGAUAACUUAUAUAAUGAAAUUAUAAAGUGGCCUCAUUACUCAUGCGAGGAUGGACCAGAUGACUGCAAAUCCAAGUGUCCUAAAACUGUACAUUUCACUCAUCAUCCAUCCAGACGUAUCUCUCACACCGCCCGAACUGACCACACCGGUCCCAUCGAAAAUUCCAGACUCAUCGACCGAGGAUAAUAAUGGAAUGGACACUUCGUUACGCUUUGUCGAGAGGGACGAAUGGGAUGCGGAGCCGCCUUUGGAACCUCUAACAAAAAUGAAGCUGC